UCAAAUGAGGCAAUAUGGACUUCCUCUUUUCCGAUACGUUCGCGGUCGUGUAUAUUUGUGUUAUAAAAUCACAAAACUAAAUCUUAGCUAUGGUGCGUAUGAACGUAUUGGCCGAUGCCCUGAAGUGCAUCAACAAUGCUGAGAAACGCGGCAAGCGUCAGGUUCUGCUGCGUCCCUGCUCCAAAGUCAUCAUCAAGUUCCUGACUGUGAUGAUGAAGCAUGGUUACAUUGGCGAAUUCGAGAUUGUCGAUGAUCAUCGUUCCGGCAAGAUCGUUGUCAACCUAACUGGUCGCCUGAACAAAUGCGGCGUCAUUUCGCCACGCUUUGAUGUGCCCAUCAACGAUAUCGAGAAGUGGACCAACAAUCUGCUGCCAUCUCGUCAGUUCGGCUAUGUCGUGUUGACCACAUCCGGCGGCAUCAUGGAUCACGAGGAGGCCAGGAGAAAACAUUUGGGAGGCAAGAUUCUUGGUUUCUUCUUCUAAAUAGUCGCUCGCCUGCAGCUGUAGAACGGAGGCAAAACAAAACCAACAUCUAAACUUAUAUUAUGUAUAUGGGGAGUUCAAAGAUGUAAAAGUUGUUUUUAUUUCCCCCUAUAAAAAUGAAAAACAAAAAAAAAAAACCAACAAAUGCCGUUUUACGUUCGUACAAUCCAACAUCAUUCAACAAUCAUUCGACAACAUCUUGAAUGUUCCAGCCAAGAAAACGCGAAAUAAACAAAUGAUUUAUACAUAA